GACGCGCGGCCGCCGCGCACCGGGCUCGCCGCCGCGGCUACUGAGGACGCGGGCGGUGGGGGCUGCGGUGGCGGUGAGGGAGCAACCGGCGGCUCACGCGCAGCGCGCGGGCCAGGAUGUGGGGCUGUGGCGGUGUGGUCUGCGCGCAGCUAGCCGGGUGACACCUUCCCUUGUGAUGCUGGAGCCAUCCUGAUGAUCCACUGGCGUCGGUCCCCUCGGCUCUGAAGAAGCAGAUGGCAAUGUCUCAGGCGCAGGAUUACGAAUGCAGGAGUCAUAAUGCCGACGUGCAGGAGGCAAGGAUUUCGGGAUCAAGCACUAGGCUGGAGUGGGUGGAGAUUAUCGAGCCGCGCACGCGUGAGCGCAUGUACGCCAACCUGGUCACCGGUGAGUGCGUGUGGGACCCCCCGGCCGGCGUCCGCAUCAAGCGCACUAGCGAGAACCAGUGGUGGGAGCUGUUUGACCCCAACACAUCGCGCUUCUACUACUACAACGCCAGCACGCAGCGCACCGUGUGGCACCGGCCGCAGGGCUGCGAUAUCAUCCCGUUGGCCAAGCUGCAGACACUGAAGCAGAACACCGAGUCCCCACGUGCCUCGGCCGAGAACAGCCCCGGGCGCGGGAGCAGCGUCAGCCACGAGGGCAGCACCAGCUCCUCCCUGGAGCCCGAGCCGGACGGAGACAAGGCGCAGGAGUUGCCCGGGAGGCCAGGACGGCCGGCGGCCUUCGCGGCUGCGCGAGAGGAGAGCGGCAGUUCUUCACCACCAGCAGUGUUCCUUGACAAGGACUAUGAAGUCUACCGGGAUUGCAGCGUGGAUGGCCAACUUCUGCACUACAGGACCUCCUCACUCCGGUGGAACUCAGGCACCAAGGAGCGGGUUCUCAUCAAGGUGGCCGACCGCGAGCCCAGCUUCCUUGCCACCCAGGGCAAUGGCUACACCCCAGACAGCCAGCCUGGAGGCCGCUCCCGCAGGCCCUCAGGCAGCCAGCACUCACCUGGCCUACAGACCUUCUCCCCUGAGGCAGACAGCAAUAUCUUCUUCCCGGACAGGAGACCAUCUCCAUUCCUAAAGAGAGCUGAGCUCCCCGGGAGCUGCUCCCCGCUACUGGCCCAGCCCCGAAAACCUUCCAGUGAUUCACAGCCCUCUUCCCCACGCUAUGGCUACGAGCCCCCCCUCUAUGAGGAGCCCCCAGUGGAGUACCAGGCCCCCAUUUAUGAUGAGCCCCCUAUGGAUGUGCAGUACGAGGCCAGCGGCAGCUUCCAGGCUGCCUCACCGCAGAGGUCCCCGGGCCGCAAGCCCCGGGCCUUCCUGGCACCCUCCAAGCAGGCACCGCCCUCGCCCUGCCAGCAGCUGGUACUCACCAGGCAGAAGUGUCCAGAGCGCUUCAUGAGCCUGGAGUACAGCCCUGUGGGCAAGGAGUACGUGCGGCAGCUGGUGUACGUGGAGCAGGCCGGCUCCAGCCCCAGGCUGCGUGCAGGCCCCCGGCACAAGUAUAUACCCAACCCUGGUGGUGGCUCCUACUCCCUGCAGCCCAGCCCCUGCCUGCUGAGGGACCAACGCCUGGGGGUCAAGUCUGGAGACUACAGUACCAUGGAGGGGCUCGAGCUGCAGCCUGGUCCAGUGCACUCACCACUAAUGCAGGCCCAGGAGGACGCCAUGUCUUGGUCCAGCCAGCAGGACACCUUGUCCUCCAUGGGCCACUCCCCUGGCACACGCAAGAGGAAGAGCAGGAAGCCUUCUCUGUGCCAAGCCCCCGAUGGCCCAGGGGACCUACUCCGAGAGCAGCCUCUGGCAGAGGAACAGCCCCCCUGUGGGCCUAGCCUUACCCCUGUGAAGCAUGUGGAGGGUGAAGUGGACGGGGUACAGGGCGCAGCGGAGCCUUUCCUGGCGCAGGCGCGGCUGGCCUGGGAGGCACAGCAGGCCCACUUCCACAUGAGGCAGAGGAGCAGCUGGGACUCCCAGCAGGAUGGCUCUGGCUAUGAGAGCGAUGGCGCCUUGCCCCUGCCCAUGCCUGGGCCUGUGGUACGCGCCUUCAGUGAGGACGAGGCCCUGGCACAGCAAGACAGCAGGCACUGGAAGAGGGGUACCUUCGAGAAGCUUGGCUUCCCCCAGAUCUUGCUCGAGAAGAGCAUUUCUGUGCAGACCAAUCUGGCCUCACCGGAGCCUUACCUCCACCCCUCACAGUCUGAGGACCUCGGUGCCUGUGCCCAGUUUGAGGGCAGCCGGCAGAGCCGCGGCGUGAUGCCCAGCUCCAGCUGCGUCUUCCCUUCCUUCACUCUGCGCAAGCCCUCAUCGGAGACCGACAUUGAGAACUGGGCCUCCAAGCACUUCAACAAGCACACGCAGGGCCUCUUCCGGCGGAAGGUGUCCAUUGCCAACAUGCUGGCCUGGAGCAGCGAGUCCAUCAAGAAGCCCAUGAUUGUGACCAGUGACCGGCACGUGAAGAAGGAGGCCUGUGAGCUCUUCAAGCUGAUCCAGAUGUACAUGGGCGACCGGCGGGCCAAGGCAGACCCGCUGCAUGUGGCCCUGGAGGUGGCCACCAAGGGCUGGAGUGUGCAGGGGCUGCGUGAUGAGCUGUACAUCCAGCUGUGCCGACAGACCACCGAGAACUUCCGCCUCGAGAGCCUAGCCCGGGGCUGGGAGCUCAUGGCGAUCUGCCUGGCCUUCUUCCCGCCCACACCCAAGUUCCACUCCUACCUAGAGGGCUACAUCUACCGACACAUGGACCCUGUCAAUGACACCAAAGGAACCUCUGAUUCAUCUACCAGCAUCUGUGUGACCUCCACUGUGUGGUUACCACUCCCAGGGACCAAAGCACCAAGAGUGACACAGCACAUAAAAGAGCUCCUGGAAAGGAACAGUAAGAAGAAGUCCAAACUGAGAAAGAAACCCAAGCCCUAUGUUGAAGAGCCGGAUGGGGUGGCCAUAAGCACGUAUGCCAAGUACUGUUAUCACAAGCUGCAGAAGGCGGCCCUGAUGGGGGCCAAGAAGGGGCUGAAGAAGCCCAACGUGGAGGAGAUCCGCCAUGCCAAGAACGCCGUGUUCAGCCCGUCCAUGUUCGGCAGUGGGCUGCAGGAGGUCAUGAGCAUGCAGAAGGAGCGCUACCCCGACCGGCAGCUGCCCUGGGUGCAGACACGGCUCUCUGAGGAGGUGCUGGCGCUCAAUGGCGACCAGACGGAGGGCAUCUUCAGGGUCCCUGGGGACAUUGAUGAGGUGAAUGCUCUGAAGCUGCAGGUGGACCAGUGGAAGGUGCCAACAGGCCUGGAGGACCCCCAUGUCCCUGCGUCACUGCUGAAGCUCUGGUAUCGGGAGCUGGAGGAGCCCCUGAUCCCACAUGAGUUCUACGAGCAGUGCAUCACACACUGCGACAGCCCCGAGGCCGCCGUGGCCGUGGUGCACGCUCUGCCUCGCAUCAACCGCAUGGUGCUCUGCUACCUCAUCCGCUUCCUCCAGGUGUUCGUGCAGCCUGCCAACGUGGCCAUCACUAAGAUGGACGUCAGCAACCUGGCCAUGGUUAUGGCACCCAACUGCCUGCGCUGUCAAUCCGACGACCCACGUGUCAUCUUCGAGAACACCCGCAAGGAGAUGUCCUUCCUGCGCGUGCUCAUUCAACAUCUGGACACCAGCUUCAUGGAGGGCGUGCUGUAGCACAAGCGCACCAGGGACCAACAGGCUAGCUCAGUGCACCUAGGUGUGGAGGGGGAGGGGGAGUGUCCUAACCGGGAGGUAGCAUGCCAGUCAUCACCCUGUGCCCGCCAAGGUCACUGCCCCCCACCCUAACAGAAUCCUGUACUUGCAUCUCUGAGCAAAGGGGGCCAGAUCCCUACCCCAGCCAUGGAAUCUCCUGCUCUUCCCUCACCCAGGCCCUUGGACCCAGGUGCUCCACAUAUCUCCUUCCUGGUCUGAGGGUGCAUCCAGGGCAGAGGAGCUGUGGAAGCGCCAUCUCUGGCUCCCCACCUCAUGGCCAGUUCCUGUGGGCACUGCCUCACCCACCACUGGCCACCGGUCAGUCCCAAGAAAGUGCCUUCUGUUUUCUGGAGCCCAGCAACACUGCCCCUCCCAGACCAGCCCCAGAGCACAGGCUGCCCUCCCUUGGGACUGGCUGCCUCACUGGGCCUCCUGCACUCAGCCUGGCACUGGCCUGGGCCCUGCCCAGCUGUCCCACACUGUUCUUCUUUGUCCCUUUGGCAUCUUUGCCUGCAGCUCUCCCCUGCCCCUGCAGGCUCCUGAAGGAGUGGCCCUUCCUGUCUUCCCACCUCCUCCUGCUGGUGACUGCACAGGAGUCUAGGGGCUCCAGGACACAGGCUUGUCCACCACCAGAACAGGACCCAGCUGGCCCAGAGCAUGGCAGGCUCUGUGUGGGUGGGGAUGGCCCCCAAACCAAAGUCCUCUGGAGUGGGGGCCUAGCUGGGCAGACACUCUUGCAGCAGGGUGGGGAAGGGGUAAGAGUAUUUUUUCUUCGUGUAACUGUAAAUCCAGAAUCUAUCCCGCACCCCAGACCACCCGUGUAUAGUGAUAUAAAUAGAACAAAAGAUAUAAGAACUAAAUUUGCUAAUGAUAUAGUUUUAACCCAGAUGCUAUUUAUGUCUGAGCCGUCCUCCGUGCAGAGCAAGUUCGUUAUCAUUCCUUCUUUUCUUCUCCGAUCUUUCUUGGCUUCUGACCAAAAACCAAGCCCUCCCCAUCCCCACCCGGACCUGCGCGGACAUGAAGGAAGGAGCCGCAGCCCUCCCAGCGGAGCUGCGGGGGACACCCAGGUCCUUAGUUUGUACAUUUUCCAUUUUGGAAGUUUGAGUUCCGAUUGUUGUAAAAGUUAAUUUCUCCCCAGUUUUUAUACAUAUAUAUUUUUAGAGUUGAGUUUUUAUUUAUUAAAAACAAAAAAGCCCAGCCCUGCCGAGGCUCGGUGUCCCCUGGGGGAGCAGCUGCCUCGGUCACCUACGCGCGGACCGGAGAGGUGAUUUGGUGUGAAUAAAGUACACGUGGACACUU